CCUACACGAUAUCGUUCAGUGGCAUUCCAGGCAGUAUAUGCAUCUGUGGCUAGAUCCUCACUACUGAGCCACUGUCGAGUCUCACUCGAGAUCUUGAGCUGCGUGGGCGCCCUGUGUGGCCUAGUGUGCAAUAGACAGGUGGCUGAUGCCUCUUUCUUGUGAGCGUACAUGUGAGGGGCUACGAGACCGUACACAUGCACAGAGCUCGCAUCCAUCUGGCCUGAAGCUCUGGUUGUAGCCCCAAACAGCGACUGCUUCCGAAGAGCUUGAGCGCUGGUGCUUGAGCUUGCGUCCAGAAGGGUGCGUCGAUAAUCGAUACGUGCGCCAAUGCAUAAAUUUUGCGCGAAGGUAAGCACGCUACGUGAUCAUUAAAGAUGAGUCGAGGCGGCUUCAGAGGACGAGGGAGCGACAGAGGCUUCAGCAGAGGCGGUAGAGGUGGCUUCCGAGGUGGCCGUGGCGGAGGUGCAGGCGGUGGCUACGAUCUUGGACCGCCAGCAGAAGUGAUAGAGAUGGGCACAGCUAUGCAUGCCGUCGAAGGAGAGCUCCUUUGCGCAUCGACUAACACGACUAAAGUUCCUUACUUCAAUGCACCCAUCUAUCUCGAGAACAAGUCGUCUAUAGGCAAGGUCGAUGAGAUACUGGGACCGAUCAACGAAGUCUUCUUCACGAUCAAGAUGGCCGAAGGCAUGAUUGCAACCUCGUUCAAGCAAGGCGACAAAGUCUUCAUUGGAGGCGACAAGCUACUACCUAUAGACAGAUUUGUCCCUAAGCCCAAGCCCCCGCCAGGCACGAAAACGAAAUCACGAGGAGGUCGAGGAGGUCCUGCAGCCGGCGGACGCGGCAGAGGGCGAGGUGCGCCGAGAGGACGAGGCUUUGCGCCGAGAGGGGGCGCCAGUCGAGGAUUUGCACCAAGAGGAGGCGCGGGCGGUCGAGGUGGCUUCGCAACCCGAGGUGCGCCGAGAGGAAGAGGCGGAUUCAGAGGCGCGCCCAGAGGUCGUGGAUAUUGA